AUGGACGCCGACGACUCGACCCUCAGCAGGCUCGUAAACCAGUGUAAAUCCGGCGACGUGGACGCCAAAAUAGAUGCCGUCACGAAACUGCAGGCCGAGUUUGAGAGCGGUGUGGAGGUGAAGAUCCUGCACUCGGAGAGUGAUCUCUGGCUGAAUCCUUCUUCUCAGAUCAACGACCCCGACGCCCUCAUUAAUGCCCUGAAAGCCUGCCUACGAAUAUCCCACCAGCACCUCACGACAGCGACUCUAUCUGCCCUGCCCCCUCUUCUACCUCUGCUCAUAUCUCGUCCAGUCCAGUCACGACAUGUCAAUGCGCAGUCGCCAGCGGCAUCCACGUCGUCCUCUACAUCUGCCAUCAUCGAUACGUCCACCCUCCGCCAUGUCCUUCUCGCUUUCCUCCCUUCCCCUGGCGUCAUAGACAGGCUGGGAGACAGCCGGGAGAAGGCAAGAGAGAAGGCACGGGAGACUUUGGUUAUACUCGGCGGAAUGGCCUUCCGGUCGGGGAGCGGAGCUCUCGCAAAGUCAGGCAGCGGGAAGGGCCCGGAGACACCGCUGCAGAUCUUCGAGCGGUACCUGCGCGAGAGCGGGUUCGCGAGCAAAGUAUGGAGAGUCCGAGAACAGUCUAUCCUCACGCUGGUCCACAUCCGGCGCGCCCACCACCUCUUCCCUCUCCGCGCCUACCUCCCGCUCCUCGUCGGCGCCCUCGAAGACGGCGACGCCAACGUGCGAGAAUGCGCGCGGCAGUCCGUCGUCGAGCUCUUCACCGGGCCCGGCAUCACCGACAUGGCGCGCUCCGACCUCAAGAAAGAGCUCACGAAGCAGGGCGUGCGCAAGACGACCGCGGACACGAUCCUGACGAGGGUCUUCGCGGGCGGCGGGGCUGGCAGCAACCCGCAGAGCGACGCGGGCUCGGAGGACGGCGACGUGCGCUCGACGGGGCCUGCGGGGCGGAAACCGUACGUCCCGCCCAGCCUGGCGCUGAUGAACCGCAGCAAGAGCGGGCCUGCGACUACGACCGCGCGGACGGUGAGUCAGAGCAGCAGCGCGAUCCCGAGCCGGCCUGCGAGUCGCGCCGCUAUGGUGGUGAGCCCGCCACUCCCGACGCCCACGAGCGAAAGCGGGACCGCGGAGGUGAAGCCUGUCUAUAUUGCGUCGGGUCGAGAUUUGGAGAACGAGUUUGCGGCGAUGGAGAAGCCGUUUGAGGGGAAGGAGACUGAGCAUAACUGGGUCGCGCGCGAUCAGUCUAUCACCAGGGUCCGCGGUAUGCUCAAGACCGAAGUGCAUGUGCAGUACACAGACAUAUUCUUCGCGCAUCUCAAGCAGUUUCUCAACUGGUCCUUGAAGACUCUUACAAGUCUGAGGACCACCGUGUCGAUAAACACAUGCUUGAUGUACGCGGAGCUUGCGACCACGUUAGGAACGGCUCUAGAUCCCUUCUGCGACGUGCUGUAUAUCAACCUUUUGAAGAUGUCGUCGCUGACGAAGAAAAUCGUCGCGCAGCAAAGUCAGGACACAGUAACGACCCUCAUGCACCACACAUCCGCGCAGCCACGGAUAAUUAUCCCCAUUCUCUGGACGACGCUGCAAGACAAGAACGUGCAAGCGCGCGUCUACGCCAUCGGGCACGUCAAGAUUUACAUGGAGGUGCAUGGCGCCCGCGCGAGGCAUGCGAUUGAAGCGCACGGCGGUCACGACAUACUGGAGAAAUGCGUCAAGAAAGGCCUGGCCGAUCCGAACCCUGGGGUGCGCGCGGGUAGCAGAGCCUGUUUCUGGUCUUUCGAGGCUGUAUGGCACGACAAGGGGCAGGCUAUCCUGGCGGCGUCUGACGCUACGGUGCGCAAGGCCUUGGAGAAGGACUGUCCCAACCCGCAAGCCGCGGCAGCGGUAUUGCCGCCCAAAACGCCGACUGUCAAGAAGAGCAGCGUCGCGGCGGCCAUUGCUGCUACGCGUGCAAAGGCCAAGGCUGUCGCUACUGCCCCGCCCACCCUCCGGCACCAGGCUACCUCGACGGCGCAUGCAGUGAGAGCCACGUCUCCCCCUGCUAGCGGACCGACAUCUCCCUAUGGCAGAGCUACUUCACCUCUAGGCACUGUGUCCAGGUCGAUCUCGCCGUCUUCCCCACCCCGCUCGCGUGUCAUGUCGACUGGCACGCGCACCAUCGGUCGUUCGGCCAGUCACAACGCGGUACCUGGGUCCCAGCAUGCCAGGUCGGUGUCAGGACCGGGUAUACGAGCAGCGUCACCCACGUCGCCCGUCUCCUCCUCGUCGAGCAUGGAUCCCUUCGCAGCACGACGUGCAUCUCCGCUUGCUUCCUCGACCGCUGGUCGCGGCCUUUCAGAGCUGAGGAAAGCGAUGCAGACUGCCUUGCCGUCCUCUCCAGAAAGUACGACCGCUCAUUCUACACCUACGCCAGCCGGCGGCCGUGGCUCGACGGAGUUGCGCAGGGCCAUGCAAACCGCGUUGCCUGCUUCGCCCGAGAAUACAACCGCUCACGUUCCUCGCAGUUCACCGGCUACAGUAGGUAAGCCUACACCCGGUACGAGGCGAGCUCCCCUAGCCUCCGUCGUGCCGUCUGCGACGACUCGACAGUCUCUCCUGAUGCCAAAGACCAAUGGCAAUCUUGACGAUGACUCGCUGCUGAUGGCUACCCAGAUCCCCGUACCAGAAGACAGCGACGAAGACAUGGACAUUGAUCAGAGCAUGAACUUGAUCUCGUUCUCGACGCCGUAUGAGCUCUAUCCUCCCCCCGCUCCUCCUUCAGCGACUGAUUCGGCUGUGCGGACACCUGUUUCCCCGAAAUCGACUGACAACCUGUUAUCGUCUCCUCCGAAUGAGCGCGUAGUUGAGGAUGCCAUGCGUGCUCGUGCUGAGCAGGCCGAAAGUGCGGCUGAGCGGCUCCUAGAACUCGUCGACCCCGAGGAGGACGGUGCUCAUGCGUCACCUAUCCCUCCCUCGCUACUGCCUUCCAGCGAGUCGAGCGGUACAGUGAAAGUCAAGGCGAAGCCAGCUGUCGCAGCCGCUCUCAGGAAUGGCAUGGCUCCGCCCGCGACCCCAGCGAACAGAAGUACCGCCAUCUUGAAGCAGGCGGCGAUGUUCAAGGAUAGCCCUGCCUACAACGGAAAGUCAGCGUCAUUAUUAGACGUCCUUCAAGACAAGAAGCACGAGACAGGGUGGUGGCUGAAACGAAAGAUUCUCAUUGAUCAAGGCACUCCUUUGAAGGCUGGCCAGCCGUCUGAGAGAGCUAGCGAGCUGGAGGGAUAUAUCUCGGCUCUUCAAAGUGGUGAAGCCGACGUGCGGACUCUCCAGAAGCUGGCUUUACUUUGCAGCGAGAACCCAGUUGCCAACCCAUCGGCUUCUACCGACGGGUUCAUGGACCCAUCCUCCCCAUUCAUCGACAAAACCGUCACUUUGUCUACUCGCUCGUCUGAGAUCUGGUCGCGGGAGAAAAGAUUCAAUCGGCUGUUCAACGCGCUGAUUCAGUACUUGAAUCCGGAACGAUCGGAAGAUGAGCUGGAAUAUGGGCUGAUCGUGUUAUGGGAAAUGCUGGAAAAUCAAGCACCCCUCCUUGAGGGCCAUGAAUCUGAUAUCUUUUCAGUGAUGUUGCAAGUAAGAUAUUGCAAUAAACUAAAUGUCUUAGAAGCGACGAACACAAUACGGGAUGCUGCCACUACGAGGAUCGAGCCGGUGUACGGCGUCACAACAUUACAUGCCAAUCUGCGAACCUUCCUCGCUGCACCUGCACCCGCGUUUGCUACUGCAGAGGCCAAGUCAACUAUAUAUGCAUUUGGUCUCGUGGCCAUGGGUAAAUUCAUCUUGCGAUUACCCGCCGAAAUUGUCGAAGAUGAACUCCCCCGCCUUCGUGCGACAUUAAUUGCAGCCUUGAAUGAUACCACGUCACUCAUCGUGCGGGAAUCUGCGGCGGCCUGCAUCAUCGCCGCUCAACUAGUCCUACGUGACGAAACCCAUCUAUUCGCACUACUGGACGGUCUAGCCGACGAAAAGAAGAAUCUCCUGACCUACUUGUUCGAUAAGCACGGCGCAAGAGGGUUCGAACAGGACUCUUCCGGUAUGGAACGUUUGGAGAGGGAAAUGAGGAGACUGGAUACGAGAACCAGUACGCCCGUAAAACGGGCUUAAUAAUUUGUGAGGAGAGUCUUUCCUCAUUCUUUUUCCUGUAUAGAGCAGUCGGAGCAACAUGUCCUAUAGCCUUGUUUCGUAUGUAUUCUGUCUUGUUGAUUACGCCCUUAUCAUGCCAUGUGUUGUAUUUUACCCAUGUUUAUAAGUAGUUUAUGGCACAACUAUAUGAAGGAGCCCAGAGAUUUUUC